AUGGUUAUAUUUGGGCCUUUUGACGACAUUUGGGCCCGUUUAAAGCAUGAGAACCCUAAUACGAGCUUAAACAUCUUCUUUGUCUAUCUGCGUCUCUCUCGGAGAUUUGAUUGCGAAGAAGAACGAGCUCGAGAUUUUGAUUCGAGGUGCAGAUUGAUUCCAGUGAUAAUGGAGAGUGAAACGAAGCCAACCUUCAGCAAAUCGACAGGUCUUCCACGAAAGCGAUUCUACAGAGCAAGAGCUCAUAGCAACCCACUCAGUGACUCUCACUUCCCCAUUCCCAUUUCACCAUCUCAUGUCGACUUCUCACUUCACUUCCCCAAGUUCAUUGGAUCCAACAACGAAGUCUCCAAGAAGGUUGAGUUUGCAGACAUUGGAUGCGGUUUUGGUGGCCUUCUCAUCUCCCUCGCAACGCUCUUCCCUGAUACACUCAUGAUCGGUAUGGAGUUGAGGGAUAAAGUCACUGAAUACGUUAAAGAACGUAUCUUAGCCUUGAGGAAGACUAACUCGGGUGGACAGUAUGAGAACAUCUCUGUUGUUAGGACAAACUCGAUGAAGUACAUUCCGAAUUACUUUGAGAAAGGACAGCUUUCUAAGAUGUUUUUUCUGUUUCCGGAUCCGCAUUUCAAGGAGAAGAAUCACAGGAGGAGAGUGAUUAGUAUUGAUUUGCUUGAUGAGUAUGCUUACGUUCUUAGAGCUGGUGGGAUUAUUUACACGAUUACUGAUGUUGAGGAGCUUGGAGAGUGGAUGAGGUCUUGCUUAGAGAAGCAUCCUAUGUUUGAGUCUUUGACAGAAAAUGAGCUUGAUUCGGAUCCUGUUGUUGAGCUUCUGUGCAGUGCUACUGAGGAAGGUCAGAAAGUUGCAAGGAAUGGUGGACAGACUUUCAGAGCUGUUUUCAGACGCAUUGCAUACGUUUCUUGAAUUUAAGAUCUUUCUUUUUUGUAGUGAACAUCUUAUUGUUGUUGUAAUACCAGAUUCUUUCUUAACUUCAAAUUUUUGGGAUAGUAUUUACUGAAAUUUUGAAAUUAAUGAUCGUUUAAGAAGAGAGAAUGUGUCCUUAUAUUAGCAUCUUCUUGUACAUAAACCAAUCUGUAGAAUGAAGUUUUAAAAUGUAAUGCCAUAAACCAAGAUGAAGAUUGAAACUUUGAAAGUGAUUCACGUUGAUCUUACAAUUAAAGGCUUUUCAAGUUUCUUACAAGAAUGUAUAUUGGGGAAUAGCCCUAUGUGACCCUAAAGCCAAAAUCAGACAUCAAAACCUCAAUGUAAAUAUAAUCUAUGAGGGACUGAAAGAAAACAUAUCAAUUGAUUCCUAUUCUUAAGAAUAGAAAAAAAAAGAGGAAUACCAGUUGAGGUUUCCUCGCAUGUUAAAGAUGUGGCAUUCUGUAAUCUCUGUGACUUCAUCACCAACAUAACACCGACAUAACUCAAGUGUUUCUUCAUGAGUCGAGAUGGAUAUCUUAAUGGUUUGACCAUAUUCGAAAGAAACUGAACAUAGCUCAAGUGUCCCCAUCAGAAUAACUACCGGAGAGGCAAUGAUGAUAAACUUGCUCUGUUUCUUGUUUCAAGUAGCACCACACUAAUGAUGUUCUGUAUGCAUGUGAUUUAGCCUGCUCGGACAAAUAACUCCGCCGCCACUCCUUGUCAUUAACCAUUUUUUGUAAGCUAAAUACGCCUCGUCUAGUCGCCUCAACUUGGUGUAUUUCCUCAUAAGUAUCCAAAACGGAACAUGAUCCAAUAUUAUACCAGAAGCCUGCAGUCUCAACAAAAGGUCUUCGGCCUCCUUCAACCGACCCUUCCAACAGAGCCCUCUAAUCAGCUCGGUAUAAGUAAUCAUAUCAGGUUGACAUCUCCUUUUCAUCAUUUCAUCAUACAACUGAAAAGCCAACCUCAAGUGACCAACUGUACAAGCAGCACCUAUAAGCAGAUUAUACGUAGUAGUAUCCGGGUAGACAUUGGUCGAUCGCAUUUGAUCUUUUAACUGGCAUGCAUCGAUGAAUCUUCCCUCUUUCACAUACCCAUAAAUCAAAGCAUUGUUUGUGUAAAUAUUUGGCUUAACGCCGUACGAAAGCAUUAGAUUUCGAACAGAUAAAGAGCUGCUAGUAUCUCCACAUCUUCCAUAACCAUCAAUCACCACAUUCCAUAGCAGAACCUCCGGAAGCAGAGAACUCUUUAGCAUGGUUAAAAGAAACUCGUUCGCCCUGGCCACAUCUCCGUUCAUACAUAGACCUUGAAUGAUAACUUUGUAUGAGAUCUGAUCAGGAGCAACACCAGCUCGUUGCAUGGUACCAUGGACACCACAUGCCUCAUCAAACUUUCCCUCUUUGCACAAGGCGCUUAUGAGAGUAUUGUAAGUGAAAACAUCAGGACUAACUCCUUUCUUCACCAUGUCACACAUGAGCCCAUAAGCAUCUACCAUGUUACCACUCGAACAUAAACCACGAAUAAGGACAUUGUACAUAACUGAAUCAGCAGGGACAUUCUUCUCCGACAUCUCCUUCCAAACCCCAAGGGCUUGAACCACAUCCCCAUUCUUAAAACAACUAUCCAUCAAAAUAGUACAGGUGACUAUAUCCAAUGGCGCAUCCGCCUGCUGGCUACUAUCUAAUAUCUCUUCAAGAAGCUUAGUGUUUCCCAUAAGACCUUUCUGACAAAGCGCAUGCACUAGUAUAUUGCAAGUCACUCUAUUUGGCUUAACACCAUAUCUAUCCAUAGUGCUGAAGAGAUACAGAGCUUUAUCUACAUUGUUAACACUGCACAGACCCUUGAUAAAAGUGUUAUAAGAAACACAAUUAGGAGAAGGACCCAUCUCCC